UGCUUUUGGUUAUUAGCUGUUCUAACAAGAGCUUUCUUUCUAAAAACAACUUUUCUUUCUUCCUGUCUUGAUCUGUGUGUAUUUCUACUCUCUAAGGGGGAAAGAUUCUGUAACUGAGGAUGGAAAGAGCUGAAGACACUGUAAAGGGGAAUGAGGAGGAGGCUUCCCAGUCGAGGGGAAAUAGCAGCAUGGAUAUAACUCCAGAAUCAAGUGUGACCCAGCAAGCUAUUGCCAGUUUUCACACCUAUCUGGUGGAAUCGGAGGAUUUGGAUGAUGUUUUCCUACCUUCAGGUGAAGAAGAAUUGACUGAGUUCACAAGAUCUCUGGAUGUGUUUGAAACUGCUUCUGAGGAGCAGCAAAAAUGGAGAAGGCAUCAGGAGUCUGUCCGAUAUGUGGAAUUUCUUCCUGUCAAAUUCUAUCAGAGAAUCCGCCACCACUCCAUGUUGAAAAUGAAACAAGUCGGUCAAAGCAUGAAGGAACUAUUCUCUCAGGUUCAGGAGGCGAUUGACCUGAUUGACUGGUACAAGGAGUCUGGGGAAGCUAACCUUCAAAAUGGUCAGGAGAAGCAAAAGCAGUUGUGGCUAGAAUGGAGUAAAAGGCAGCCUGGUGGAAAUGAGCACCUGGAGUCUGCACAGCCUGAGCAAACAGAGACUUGUGCUUUGGCAGCAGUUUGUCAUAUUAUCCAGUUCUUGAAGGACAUACAUCAUGACCUCAUGCCUGGCCUCCCUAGUGUCCCUGAUGACAUCCAAGAGCAGGUCCAUGAGAUCAAAACCCACAUUGAAGAUAUCCAUACUUCCUUCUCUGGUGCCACAUCCUUUCAGGAACUUUCUAGGAAUGUUCUCUCUCAGAGUAGAGAGAAAGCAGCUAAAGCAAAGGAGUGUCUGGAUGUCCUGUUGGAGUAUCUAACUCAAAAUAUUCCUCUUAUAAAGCAUUUAACUACCUUCCUUCCUUCUGAAAGCUUUUUGGAGGAGGAGGAGGAAGGCUAGAUAACUUCAGCUGACAACAUUUCAGACUUGAUAAUGGACGCAAUUACUCAAGUUCCUUCUUUGUAGAGUGUCAAGAAUGUAAUUAUAAAUUGUGACAUUUUUCCUUAGAUUCUAAGUAUACUGAAUCUAUUAUGAA